AUUUUUAUAUUUAUAUUUUAUUGGUUAGGUUGUUCUGGAAAUGGUAUCUGUUCCUCAGUUCCGGGUACCUGUAGAUCAAGAUGUCUGUGUAAUAGAAGUUGGGGAGGCACAUGUUGUGAGAUAAGGCAACCAGCUAGAGUCUUUGGUGACCCACAUUUUCUCACCUUAGACGGUGUUGACUACGACUACUAUGGAAGCGGUGAGUUUUGGAGCUGUCGCAGCAUCGAGAAUGAUUUUGGGAUACAAGCAAGAUUCUAUGAAAGUCAUAAAUCAUCUUUGACUGGUGGCAUUGCAAUGAAACUUGGGAAACACGUCAUAACGGUUACUACACCAAAGGAGGCAGACUAUGAAACAUUGCCAAUACUGCGGCUUGAUGGAGAAAUAUUGGAUAUAAGUAGCGAGAUGAAACUUCAAUUGGAAAAUUCUUCAGUACUCCUGGAUGUCCAAAUACCACUGAGAAAUGGAGAUUCUUCAACUAAUCCGACUAUGAUGCUGUCAUUUGAGUACAAAUCAGGUGUGUCUGUUGGAAUCGAGGUGCAAUUUAGUAAGAAGAUUGGAAGACUGUACUUUAACACAAUACUCGCACCGACUAUCAGCUUUGUCGAUGAAACGGAUGGUCUAUGCGGCUUCAUGAAUGAUGAUCCGGACAAUGAUUUUGUGGGAUUAGAUGGCGUCCUGUAUCAUCAUGAUAAUGUAACGGAUUUCGUUGAAACAUGGAAAAUUGAGAGGUCAAAUGCUAAUGGUGGUUUAUAUGAUUCUUGGUCGUGGAAUUCUUCUAAUUUCCAUAUGAAUGAUGAGCUGGAUGAUUCGUAUACCAAGAAAUACAAACCUAUCUACAGUACAGAUGAGGUUCAACAAGACAUCGUGAAGAUAGCAAAAGAUGUUUGUCUCAAAGCAAUACCAGAUACAAAGGAAAACAAAGUAUUGAUUGCCUCCUGUGUUUACGAUAUUGCAGUAACGAAUGAUACGUCAUUUGUCUCGCAGCAAACGCUGCAAACUGGCUGUCCUUACCAGUGUUCUGGCCGAGGAACUUGUGUCAACAACACGUGUGAAUGUUUGCCUGGGUGGUCUGGUGAAGACUGUAGAAAUGGUUUAUGUAUUUCGAAAUGCUUAAAUGGCGAGUGUGUGUCCGGUUUCUGUCGAUGUAAUGUAGGUUGGGAAGGAGAUACAUGUGAAGAUUUUGCCACUUGUUUUGGCAUUAAUAAUUGUACAGAUGAAGAGCAUGGCACGUGUAUUCAAACAGAUGUCUGUUUAUGCAACAAAGGAUUUACAGGCGAAGAUUGCAGCGUCAUUCCAACUUGUCAUAGAGUCGCCAAUUGCUCAGGUAACGGUAUCUGUGUUGACAUCGAUGUUUGUGACUGCUAUGACCAAUGGAAAUCUGCCACCUGCGACACAUUGUCCUGCCACAGCGUUGAUGGCUGUUCUGGACAUGGCACUUGCAUAAGUUUUGACAUUUGUAUGUGUAACGUCGGUUGGACUGGUGAAUCCUGUGCAUUGCCUGACUGCUCUGAAAGAAACCGAUGUAAUGAUCAGGGUGAAUGUACAGGGCCAAACGAAUGCAGUUGUUACGUCGGAUAUCAAGGAGCUAACUGCAGUGAAUCUGUUGAAUGCAUUAUUCUGGACAACUGCAAUGGUAAUGGUGUUUGUAUUGAAGAUGCAUCCAUAAAUAAUGGAACAUUUUCUUGCGAGUGUUUUACAGGUUAUUCGGGAGAAAAUUGCACAGUUUUUUCUUGUGAAUCUGUCAAUCAUUGUUCUGGACAUGGAAAUUGCAUUGAACCUGACCUCUGCGUGUGUGAUGUUGGCUAUACUGGCGUUGAUUGUUUAUCUCCUUCAUGUGAAAGUCUCAGAUUUUGUUCCGGUAAUGGACGAUGUAAUUCAUUUGGAGUGUGCGAAUGCUAUUCUUCCUGGUUUGGUGAAAAAUGUGACCGUGCCUUUUGUACUGGCAAUUGCAAUGGACGUGGAGAUUGUGUUGCUCUAGAAACAUGCGAAUGUUACGUAGGUUUUGAAGGAGAGACUUGCCAGAAUAUCACACAAGAGAACCAAAAUCAACCGAAGUUUGAUUAUGAAGAGUUGAAUAUCACUUUAGCUGAAAAUACCACUAUUGGAACGUAUCUAUUAACAGUACAUGCAAGUGACAACGACACGGGAAAAAACGGUGAUGUAUGGUACCGUAUUCUUCCUUCUGAAGGAUUUUGCUUUUUCUCCUUAAAUCAGGAAAAUGGAGAUUUAUUUACUGCUGCAGAAUUUGAUUAUGAAAGCCAAAAUUCAGAUAUCACUCUGUCAGUAGUUGCUGAGGACAAUGGAUCUCCACCUAUGAAUGAUUAUUUUAUUAUUAACAUCACAUUACUUAAUAUUAAUGACAACUGUCCCGAAUUCGUAGGAGAAUUUCCAGACAUACUUAUUCCACUAAACACCACUAAUGGGACAGUUAUUACAAAUAUUUCAGCAAAAGAUUCAGACAGUGGUGAAAACGGAUAUGUUACGUUUUCAAUUAUGGUUGAGGGCGACAAUUCAAAAUCAAUAUUUGAAAUAGAUCCGGAUAGUGGAGAAAUAACUGUCUCUAGUUAUCUUCAGUCAGGAGAGCAUGCAAUCAAGGUUAUUGCUUCGGAUAACGCAGCACAGCCAUGUAGUAUCGAGAAAGUGUUUUCAGUAUACGUACCAUAUGACCCAAACUUUGUUGCUACCACACCAUUUGUUUAUACAACUGAAGGUUAUGAACAACGUCUCGAGGACAUUAUAACAUCGAUCCACGGAUCAACGGGCCGUGAGGAUGUUACAACAUCAGACCCAACAACGACAAGAAUUAAGGACGUACAGCCGAUGGAAGAUGAUUGUAUGGUGAAUGCGGAUUGCAGUAAUGGUGCAAAAUGUUACGUCGGGAUUUGUGCGUGUCUCUGCCCUUAUAGUGGCCCCACCUGCGAUCAAGGCCCACCUAGUUCACUGUGCCUGCUUGCUUACCCCUGUACGGUUCGGUAUCAUCUUUCCGAGUGCUACAAGAGGCGUACAACACCGCCCUCUUUGUUCAAUUCGUCGUAUCUCAGCUCUCAUCAAGCCUAUGCUUAUUGGAGUCUCGCAAUAACACACGAGCUGACACAGACGCACCGCACUCUCGCCAGUGUCACCAUUAUGCCUCAGAAAGCUGGACUCCACAAUAUUGGAGGAAUAUAAGCGAGAGAAUCUGGAGAGGAUACUAGAAAGUUUAUCCACCGAGAUACCAAGACGCUCCACCAAGUUACGAUUUUAAAUAAAUACACUGAGUCGUAGGGCUUUCUGGAAUGAUAGUACAUCUGAAGAUAAGAAACAAUUCUUCCAAGCUCUUACAGCCUACGACUAUAUGAAGGUUAAAAAAACGAUUCUCACAUAAAAAAAAAUAAAAUAAAAUAAAA